CAUCGCUGACAGUAAUUUCUGCUAUUAUGUCACUGAAAUAAUCAGCAAUCUGUCAAUCAGCUAUAUUCUGAAAAUUCCGUAGAUUGUUCCCAUUUUUACCAGUGGUGGUGGAUUUGUCGGUGGAGUUCAUGUUUGGAGGAGACGAACAGCAAAAUACUGUGGAAUAGUGCGAGAAGCAAACGGUAGAACUCAGAAAAAGAAAGCGUUCCUGAGAGAACGAAGCGUACGUCGAAAGAGGAAAUGUGCAAACGCCACAGUGAGAGGGAAGCAGUGAGGUCUUUGCUGGGCGCCGCUUACACCUUGUCCGGUGUUCAAGGGUUGCUGACUUAGUUUGCAGAAGGAAUUGCUGGAAUGCACUUUGUGUGGCCAGGAAUCUGGGAGGGUCACCCGUUUGGAUGCUGAAAUUGGUUACCUUUUAUCGGGCUGAUUCUGCGCCGGGAUGCAGUAACCAGUUACCAUGACCGUGUUCAAGCAGGAAAAUGUGGACGAUUACUAUGAAAUCGGCGAGGAUUUGGGGAGUGGACAAUUUGCAAUAGUGAAAAAAUGCACAGAGAAAAGCUCUGGAAUGGGAUAUGCAGCGAAGUUUAUCAAAAAACGCCGCUCAAAGUCAAGCCGUCGAGGAGUAAGCCGUGAAGAUAUCGAGAGAGAAGUCAAUAUCUUAAAGGAGAUUCAGCAUCCAAACAUCAUAACUCUACACGAUGUUUAUGAGAACAAAAGUGAUGUGAUCCUUAUUCUUGAACUCGUGUCUGGAGGAGAAUUGUUCGAUUUUCUGGCUGAGAAAGAGUCCUUGACCGAAGAGGAGGCCACUGAAUUUCUCAAACAGAUUCUCAAUGGCGUUUACUACCUACAUUCCAAGUGCAUUGCCCAUUUUGACCUCAAGCCUGAAAAUAUUAUGCUGCUCGAUAAAAAGUCACCAAAACCUCGGAUUAAGAUUAUUGACUUUGGCUUGGCUCAUGAAAUAGAUUUUGGGAAUGAAUUUAAAAACAUCUUUGGAACUCCGGAGUUUGUUGCUCCAGAAAUCGUCAACUAUGAACCCCUUGGUCUAGAGGCUGAUAUGUGGAGUAUUGGUGUCAUAACCUACAUUCUCUUGAGUGGUGCAUCACCUUUCUUGGGUGACACUAAACAAGAAACAUUGGCCAAUGUUUCAGCUGUGAAUUACGAAUUCGAUGAAGAAUUUUUCAAGAACACCAGUGGCUUGGCAAAAGAUUUUAUCCGAAAACUGCUUGUGAAAGAUCCUAAGAAGAGAAUGACUAUUCAAGAUAGUUUGCAGCAUCCAUGGAUCAAGCCGAAAGAUAGUCAGCAGGCUCUCAGCAGAAAAGCGUCAGCUGUAAAUAUGGAAAAGUUUAAAAAGUUUGCAGCCCGAAGGAAAUGGAAGCAAUCAGUACGGUUAAUAUCAUUGUGCCAACGGCUAUCAAGAUCAUUUCUGUCUCGAAGCAAUAUGAGUGUUGCUAGGAGUGAGGACACUUUGGAUGAAGAGGAUUCAUUUGUAAUGAAAGCAAUUAUUCAUGCCAUCAAUGAUGAUAAUGUUCCUGGUCUACAGCACCUCCUUGGAUCCCUUGCCAAUUAUGACAUUAACCAACCUAACAAGCAUGGAACACCUCCCCUGAUGGUGGCAGCUGGUUGUGGAAAUAUCCAGAUUCUUGACUUGCUCAUCCAGAAGGGAGCAAAGAUUAAUGUGCAAGACAAGUCCGGUUCAAAUGCACUUUAUUGGGCAGCACGGCACGGCCAUACAGAAACAUUAAAAUUCUUGCACCAUAAAGAAUGUCCACUGAAUGUACAGGAUAAGUCUGGUGAAACUGCCCUCCAUGUGGCAGCCCGCUAUGGUAAUGUGGAAGUAGUACAGUACCUCUGCAAUGUUGGUGUUAACCCAAAUCUUCAAGACCGGGACCAAGAGACCCCUUUGCACUGUGCAGCUUGGCAUGGUUACUAUGCUGUAGCGAAGGCACUCUGUGAAGCUAAUUCCUCUGUUCAUGUUAGAAAUAAAGAAGGAGAGACUCCCCUCCUGACUGCAGCAGCAAGAGGCUAUGUGGAAAUUGUGGAAUGUUUAAUAGAACAUAAUGCAGAUAUUGAUGAAGUUGAUACAGAUGGGCACACAGCUCUGCACUUAGCAGUACGAAGAUGUCAGAUAGAGGUGGUAAAGUAUCUGUUAAGCCAAGGAUGUUUCAUAGAUGUACAAGAUCGACAUGGUAAUUCAGCUCUACAUGUAGCCUGCAAAGAUGGCAACGUGGGUAUUGUUAUGGCUCUCUGUGAUGCAAAUUGCAACCUUGAUCUAACUAAUAAGUAUGGACGAACACCUUUGCAUUUAGCUGCUAACAACGGGAGUCUUGAUGUUGUCCGUCACCUCUGCCUUGCUGGUGCUAAUGUAGAAGCUGUUAGUUCAGAUGGAAGAACUGCAGAAGAUCUUGCUAGAGCAGAACAGCAUGAACAGGUCGCCAACUUACUUGCCAGACUUAAAAAGGAUACACAUAGAAGCAUGUUCAUUCAGCAACUUAGGCACUCUCAAAAUUCACAAGCCCGAAUAAAACUGAAAUUGUUUGGAAAUUCAGGAACAGGGAAAACGGCACUUAUAGAAUCCCUCAAAUGUGGGCUUCUGCGAAGUUUCUUCAGGAGACGCAGACCAAGGCUGUCAUCCACCAACUCCACUCGUUAUCCUCCAUCGCCAUUAUCAUCAAAACCAACAGUUUCAGUGAGUAUUUCAAACCUGUACCCUGGGUGUGAAAAUGUCAGUGUAAGGAGCCGGAGCAUGAUGUUUGAACCAAGUCUAACCAAAGGCGUUCUGCAAGCUUUUGUUUCACCUACGCACAAUUUACACUAUGUAACUGAUGAUCAGUCUACUAAAGCUAUUGACAUACAGCAUGCUAAUGUUAAUGGUGUUGGUGAUUUUAGUGUCUGGGAGUUCUCUGGUAAUCCUGUCUACUAUUGCUGUUAUGAUUAUUUUGCUGCAAAUGACUCCACUGCUAUCCACAUGGUGCUUUUCAGUCUAGAGGAACCAUAUGAAAUGCAACUGAAUCAAGUGACCUUUUGGCUCAAUUCCCUCAAAUCUCUUAUUCCAGCUGAAGAUCCUUUAGCAUUUGGUGGAAAGCUGAAAAAUCCUUUGCGGGUUAUUCUUGUUGCCACACAUGCAGACAUUGUAAACUGUCCCCGUACGUUUGGAGGGGAAUUUGAUUAUGACAAAGAUCUGUCACUUCUAAAAGAAAUAAAAAGUAGGUUUGGAAACGAUAUGCACAUAUCUGAUAAAUUGUUUGUGCUGGACACUGGUGCAUCUGGAUCUAAAGACAUGAAGCUACUACGCAACCAUCUACUGGAAUUAAGGAAUUGUAUUCUUUCUACUUGUCUACCCAUGACAUUCAUUUGUGAGAAAAUCAUCUCUACACUGCCUUCCUGGAGAAAACAAAAUGGACCCAACCAGUUUAUGUCAUGGCAACAAUUCGUUUACGAUGUUCAGGAUCAAAUUAAUCCCUUGGUGAGUGAAGAAGAUCUGAGGGAAGUGGCCCUACAACUCCACAGUUUGGGAGAAAUCAAUAUUUUACAAAGUGAAACUAUCCAAGACGUGGUGCUCCUGGAUCCUCGCUGGCUAUGUUCCAAUGUAUUGGGAAGACUCUUGUCCAAUGAAAAUCAUAAGGCUUUACAUCACUAUAGGGGCCGGUACACAAUGGAUGACAUCCUGCGCCUAGUAUCAGAGAAGGAUGUAGAAGAAUUGUUGCAAAUUCUAGAUGCAAUGGAUAUCUGUGCUCGGGAUUUAAUGACUGGCUCAAUGGUAGAUAUUCCUGCUUUAAUUAAAGUAGAUGGUCUGCAUAGAUCCUGGACUGAUGAAGAUGAUGAAAUGAUGGUUUAUGGAGGGGUCCGUUUUGUGCCUGUUGAACAUCAUACCCCAUAUCCCUGUGGUAUUUUCCACAAAGUGCAGGUGAACCUCUGUAGGUGGAUACAUCAGCAGAACUCUGAAGGAGAGCUAGAUGUAAGGUUGUGGACUAAUGGAUCAAAAAUAUCCAACAAAGGAACUGAAGUCUUGGUGUUGCUGGUCAACCAUGGACAGGGUGUGGAAGUACAAGUCAGAGGGUCAGAAACUGAAAAAAUAAGAUGUUUUAUGCUUCUCGAUUCCAUUUGUAGUGUCAUUGAUAAUCUAAUGGCAACUACUUUGCCUGGACUCCUAACAGUCAAGCAUUACUUGAGCCCUCAGCAGCUUAGGGAGCACAGUGAACCUGUUAUGGUUUACCAGCCUAGAGACUUCUUCAGAGCACAAGCUCAGAAAGAGACUUCGCUCACCAAUACCAUAGGUGGAUACAAGGAGAGUUUCAGCAGCAUUCUGUGCUUUGGUUGCCUCGAUAUCUAUUCCCAAGGAAACCUGGGAAUGGAUAUCCCUGUAUCAGAACUGAAUCUUCUUGCAAGACGGAAACUUAGCCGCUUACUGGAUCCCCCUGAUCCCAUGGGUAAAGACUGGUGCCUUUUGGCUACAAACUUAGGACUUGUUGACCUUGUUGCAAAACUCAAUGCUCAGAAUGGAACCUUAAAAGAUGAGAAAUUUUCUACAAGUCCAACUGGUGCUGUAUUGACUGAGUGGGCAGCUUCACCAGAGAAUUCUGUAGGGCUUUUAAUGUCAAAACUAAGAGGGUUGGGGCGUCGUGAUGCUGCAGACUUUCUUUUAAAGGCUUCAGCCAUUUUCAAAGUUAACUUAGAUAUCAAUGGGCAUGAAACCUACAUAUCCAGUUGCAAUGGAGGAACCUCUUAUAAUUCAAUCAGCUCAGUAGUUUCAAGAUAAAAAAAAAACAAGCACUGCAAAGCUGGUGACAGUUGUAAUUUUUACUGAAUCCUGACUUUAUAAAAUGCAUUCACUGUGUACAGAUAAUGCCCUAGUUAAUGAUGUAUCUUGCUUUCUUUGACAAUAGUGAAAUUUACUGUUGUACACUUAAAAAAUUUUUUCUUCCACAAUUCCUUGGUCAACCGGGGCAAGUGAGAAGUACAGAAUCUGAAAAGUUGGUUUCUGAAUUCCAUUUGAACUGUUGAUUGUGGUUUCAAUGGGUUAUGUACUCAAAUGUGUUCUGUAAAAGACAAUUUUUAAGAAAAAAAGUUGCAAUCUUAGAACUGAAACAAUUUUGUCACUAGUGUGGAUAAACUUUAUAAAGCUGCCAUUUGCAAGUUGUCCAGUUUGUCAGGAAUAUCUUCAUCUCUUUGUGAUGUCAUUUGUGGAAGUCAAGUUCCGAAGAAGCUAUCUGCAAGAAUGUGAAUUUUUAUGACAGGUUUUUCAUCAUCUCACCCAUAUAUUAUUUUAUUUUCUAUAGUGGUGGGGAAAAGGCGAAUGUUUGUUUGCUAUUGACAAUAUUAAAUUUGAUGUGUAAUGUCAACAACCAAAUGCGAGUGCCUUUUUCAGGAAAAGGUUUCCUGAUGUAACUAGACCAAUAUUUGUUAAAAACCUUUUACAUAGGAAUCUUCUACCUCCCCAUUUCUCUUCUCUAAGGAGCAUGCAUAUCAUUAGCAUACAUGGUAUUUGUACUUUUGUACAGAUUUUUCAAUUUUGGUCAACUUCUCUUCGUUUUGACAUGGUUAACCCACAGUUUAAAAGGGAACAAAGUUAUGUAGUAAUUUCAUGUUCAUUGACAAUAAAACAGUGAUGUACAAUGAAA